CAUCUCUGUAGCAAAAGAAAGAAGAAGAAAAUGGCUGCAAACCAGGUGCCAAAUCUUGGAUUCGAGAGAGACAGCAUCGCUGUGCAUCAUGGAGUCUUCGCUCUGCUCGUGGACACAUUAAAUAAACAAAUCCAAGUGAAAUACCAAUCCAUGCCUACUUCUCCAUACGAUACUCACAAGUGGGUCAUGUCAGCAUUUUUGGCGGCUCUGUUUAUAUACGCCACAGCAUCGGUGGCCGAGGCGAUACCGCGGAGCCAGGAAUCAGUUUACCAGAGGCUUGCCGGCAACAUCCGCUACUUUGCCAGCGCCCUUGCUACAGUUUUCCUUCUGGUGCUUGCUUGGGGGUAGUGUAUCAUUUCUGUAAAUAUGCUCGGCUUAGUGUUGGGAAAGCUAUUUGAAGGUGAGAGGAGCCGUAAAGAGGACCCAGGCAGGUCAGCAGAAAGUGUAGCAUUGUAUUGAAUGAUUGCCUUCGAUUCACUUGCUUCCGCCCACCCGUUCUCUUCACAUGUAUUGUUAGAUUGUCAAGAUAUGUUGUAUUUGUUGUUGUACAAGAGAAUUGAAUAGAGAAGAGGUCACUUUUCUGUGAUUCUU